GGCAAAGCACCGGGUUUAAACCCGGUGCUUUGGUAAAAACCCAAUAAACACCCAUAAACUCCCAUAAUCACCCAAAAAAAUAGGUUUUUACGUAUUUUUUUGAAAAUAUGUAAGUAAUACCAAUAAAUUAUUUUUAUAAAUUGUAUUGAUCAAUUCUACAAUAUUAAAUAAAACGUUAACUAAUAAUAUUUCAGGAAAUUUUAAAAAUCUAUAUAUAAUAAAAUGAAAGUAAUUAAUUUUCAGUGUUUUCAUGUUGCAGUUGAUCAACAUGUUGGCCUUUUGCUUCCCGUAGAUACUUUAAAAUUUCUUCAUAACACCUCGUUCGCACACAUGGCCGUAUAUAUUUAAAUUCUUGAGCCACUAACAGUCCGAAAUACUCAUUUCUUUUAUCCUCUUCUCCAUAAAUUAAGCAUUUAGAACUGUUUGUUUCUUCUUUCAGUAAAUUUUCUUUUACUUUAUCCUCGUUUUUUUUCUUUGUUGCGACGACGCUGGGUAAAUCAUCUGGACACUGGGUCUCACUAUCGCCAAAUAUAUUUGGAGAUCGGCUUCGGCUACGGCUUGGCAGACAUUUUUUUCUUUCUACAAUUUUAAAUUAAAUUUAUUAGAAUAAAUGCUUCGAACACACGCGAUCUAAGUACCUUUUGUGUUUAUUAUACCUUACCUACCUAGGUAUAAAAAGAGUACUUACGUAGAUUUUCUUUUAUUAACUGUUUUAUACGAAGAUCUUGAUCUCUCAAAUUAGCAUCCAUUUUACUUCCAGUGAUUAUCAACUAAAUUAAUAAUCCACAAAGUAUUAAAUAACGUUUUUAUGAAAUAUUUAGCACAAAAACAAUACCCUUUAAAUAUCGAUCGUCAGUAACUGUGGCUGACUUACCUAUAUUCUAGCAAGCAGGACUGCCAGAUGUGAAGGGGAAAUCCCCAAUAAAUUGUUGCAUGUGACUGAUGAUGUGAGCAUGUUCGUUUCAUAAUAAAAAUGUUGCCAGGUAACCAAAAAGUCGUAUGUUUUUGUGCGAAUUACGAUCAUAAUCUUUACGAUCGUACAUUAAAAAAUAGACAAAUAAUAGUAUGAGUACGAUUUAAAUCGUAUAUCUGUCAACCCUGCUAGCAAGACAGCGACAAAAUCACGUUGCAUAACAAUGUAGCCCAAGCUUAUAUCUUAUGAAAUAUACGGAAGAGAUACGGACUUAGAAAAAACAGAAAUGUUGUUCUUUGUGGAAGUCAUUGAUGAAAUUCUAUGUAUUUUAGCCCGCAAACUUUCUUCAAACAAAAACAGCGCCAUCUAGUAUCGAGUUCUGUAAUUAUCUCUUUGUUUAUGGAUUUGAAGUAAGACCGCCACGCAUGCAAUACAUUAUGACUGGAGAUUCCCCUAUUCGUCGACGCUGAAUAUGAGGCGACGACAAUCACUGUCAAACGUGUUCACUAUUAUGACUCUGGUAACGUGACUUCCUGGUAACGUGUUAGGUAGGAAAAGCAGUAAAAAAGUGCAUAUUAAGGGAGCAGAUUUGAAAUAAUAUUUAUACUUAACAAGAAAUAAUUAAAGGUUCAAUGGGGAGACCUAAAGAUUUACGCAUAUGGGAGCACUACCGUACUUUACCAAACAAGUCUGUUUCUUGCAAGCUUUGUAAUAAGGUCUACAAAUUCAGUAAUGCUGCCAAAAUGCUUCAACAUCUUAUCACUUGUCCAAAAUCUCCAGAAACAUUAAAAGACUCUAUGAAACUUAUAAAAGAUAGCUCGUCCAAAACCAAAAUGUCUGGACUGUCAGAGAUAGAGACAAAUGAUUCUUUUAUAAGCCCCUCGUCGUCUGCUAACACUACAAUAAAUGCUGAGUUUCAAGACACCGAUGAUCAUAUAAAAACAGAAUUAGCGAGAGCUAUAUUUGUAACAGGGACGCCAUUAUCGAUGGUGCAACAUCCUUUAUGGAUACAAUUUUUCGAAAAAUUGCAACCAAAAUUUAAAAUACCUUCACGUAAAGCUUUAGCGACAAAAUACUUAGAUAAAAUAUAUAGAGAAAUGCGUUUUGAGUUAAAUGAGGAACUAAAUGCUUGUAGUUACUUACACCUUCAGUGCGAUGGCUGGUCUAAUUUAAGAAAUGAAGGAAUAAUAAACUUUCUUAUAUCAAAACCUCAACCUGCAUACGUUAAAUGUUUGAAUACAGAAAGUAAUCCUCACACUAGUGAAUACCUUAGCCAAGAAGUUGAAAAAGUAAUGAAAGUGUAUGGAGCAAAUAAGUUUCUUGUACUUAUUGGCGAUAACGCUAGAAAUAUACAAAAGGCAUUCGAAUUAACAAAACUCAAAUAUCCACAUGUUGUUCCUCUCGGUUGCUGUGCACAUAUCCUUAACUUGUUGUGCCAAGAUAUUGUAAAGAUACAAGAAGUAACUGUGUUUAUUAUGCAAGCCAUAAAUAUAAUAAAAACUGUUAAAAGGAGUCAACGAUUAAGUUCCUUGUUGAUAAAAUCAAGGCAGGGUGAAGAUUCUACACAAACACUAAAAUUGCCUUGUGCUACAAGAUGGGGAAGUCAUGUUACUUCGUUAAAAGUUUGAAAGCAAAUAAGAUAGCUUUGCAAAUAUUAACAGUUAGAGAAGAUGUGGUAAUUUCAAGAGAUAUUAAAGAUUUAAUUCUAAGUGAUGAUUUCUGGACGAAGACAGGGGAAUGUAUAAGUAUUUUGGAACCAGUCACUGAAAGCAUAUUUUACUUAGAGAGCGACCAGAAUCGUUUGCAUCGCACAUACAUUACAUUUAGAGAUGUACAAGCUAAGAUACGUUUUGCAUUAAAUGAGAUUUCGACAUUGAGCGAAGAAAGCAAACAGCAGAUUCUAACAUCAGUAUCUUCAAGAUGCAAUAUGGCAAUGAGGCCAAUACAUUUUGCAGCAUAUAUUCUAGACCCCAGGACUCUAGGAGUCGAACUUACUCAAGAGGAAGAACUUAAGGGUAUGGAGUUUAUCUACAAUUUAAGCCAACACUUAAGUUUGUCAAAUGUAAUGGCAGAUUUGGCGUGUUAUAAAGCUAAAGAAAACUUUUGGGCCAGAGGAUUUGUAUGGAGCUCAUUAGAUAGCAUUGAGCCCCUAAUAUGGUGGAAAGGUAUUUGUGGUUCCACUGAGUUAAGCAAAGUAGCGAUUCGUAUUCUAUCAGCUCCCUGUACUUCGGCAGCCACUGAGCGUUCCUUUAGUAUCCAAGGCUACAUACAUAAUAACAAAAGAAAUCGACUUACAACUGAAAGAACUGAAAAAAUUUCAUUCAUUUGUUAUAACUGGAAUCUUAAACAUAAAGCUGAAUGCGAGGACAUUCAGUUUAAUGAAGAAAAUACCUUAGAAGCUUUCAUUGAGCAAGUAAAUGAACAUAACAGUUUAGACGAAAUAGAGCCUAUCGAACCUAUACAAUUCAUCGCUUGUAAUAACUCUGAAUCUGACAGUGAUUGACUGUAGUUUUACAUUUUACUUUCAUCUCUUUCUUAAUAAACUCAAAAUCAAAUUAAAAGUUUUUUAUUCUGUAGGCUGCAUAAUAAUAUUGUCUAUGUCCAGUAUAGUGGACGUCUUGCGGCUGAGAUGACGAUGAUGAAGUACAAAAUCAUAAACACCCAAAAAUUUGGGUGUUUAUGGGGUUUAAACCCAAUAAACCCAAAACACCCGGUUUUUACCCACCAGACUUUAAACCCACCCAGGUGGAUUGCCCAU